GCCCAGCGUUUGAACGGAUGCGAUGAGCGCGGCUGAGGUGGACGAGAAGAUCAGCCGCAAAUAUCAGCUGAAGCGGCGUCUGGGGAAGGGGGCUUAUGGAAUAGUGUGGAAAGCGAUCGAUCGACAAACGGGAGAGGUGGUGGCUGUGAAGAAAAUCUUCGAUGCCUUCAGAAACCGGACAGAUGCUCAGAGGACGUUUCGUGAAAUUUUGUUACUUCAGGAAUUUGGAAAUCAUGACAAUGUCAUCAAACUGCUUAAUGUCAUCCGAGCAGCAAAUGACAGAGACAUCUACCUGAUCUUUGAGUUCAUGGAGACGGAUUUGCAUGCAGUGAUAAGGAAAGGAAACCUCCUGAAAGACAUUCACAUCCGCUACAUCCUUUACCAACUGCUUAAGGCCACCAAGUACAUCCACUCAGGGAAUGUCAUCCACCGGGAUCAGAAGCCUUCAAACAUUCUCCUGGAUGCAGACUGCUUUGUCAAAAUGUGUGAUUUUGGACUGGCUCGCUGCAUCAACCAGAUACAAGAGGAGCAGGGGAACCCAGCACUGACGGAGUACGUGGCUACUCGAUGGUAUCGAGCACCGGAAAUCCUCCUCGCAUCUCCCAGAUAUACCAAAGGCGUGGACAUGUGGAGUGUUGGGUGUAUUUUAGGAGAGAUGCUGCUCGGGAAACCGCUCUUUCCAGGAACUUCCUCAAUAAAUCAGAUUGAAAGAAUCAUGAGUGUAAUUCCAGCCCCCUCAAAUGAAGAUGUGCAGUCCAUUAACUCGGAUUAUGGAGCUUCCGUUGUGCGGAAAGUUUUGACCAGGCCCAGAACCUCGAUUGAUCAACUCCUACCGAGCAGCACACCACCAGAUGCUCUGGACCUCCUGAACAAGUUACUGAUCUUCAAUCCAGAUUAUCGGCUCACUGCAGAGCAGGCCCUUGGACAUCCGUACCUCAGCAGGUUUCACAACCCAUCCAAGGAGCCCAAGCUGGAUUAUGACAUUGUCCUGCCCGUAGACGAUGACACACAGCUGUCUGUGGCUGAGUAUCGCAACAAGUUGUACCAGAUGAUCCUGGAGAGGAAGGCAAAUGCUCGCCUGCAGAGGCAGCUGAUGAAGGAACCAGAGCUACUUCAAUCGCCUCUAGUUGUGGAACCGAAAGAAGGGACUUCAGCCAUUUCCUGUAUCCCAGCAAUUGCGGACUCUGGGAUUUCUGCUCACAAGGAGAAGGGGUUGAGCCACCUCACAACAAAUGUCACCUUGUAUAAUCCAAUCACUCACAGCCCAUUAAUAUAUGCUGCUGCUCCAAAUGAUGUGAUUUCGAGGAGACAGACCCAUUGCGGCAGCACUGCCCCUCCUCAGUGGGCACCCAGAGCGAACCAGGGAGGUGAUACCCAUGGAGCACAGGAGCACUGCAGAGCACAGUACCAGCAUCCUGAUGUUCAGCAGAUGACUGCUCAGGCACCACAGGGUCCUUCAUACACCGAGGCGCACAGAACCAAAUCAGCUACUGUGCCCAGGGUCCGUCCUGUCUCCCAUCACCGUCGCACAGCUGUCCACAGCAUCCUGACCAAGGAGGAAGCUGGACAUCAAGAGAUGGGAAUGGCCAUAUCCUGUGCUCCGCUGAACCCAAGGCCACAGUCGCAAAGCCGAGAGAACCGUCCUGUGAAGAAGAUGUUCCAGAUGACAUCAAACAUGGAGGCGGCAGGGAACCCAAAAGCUGCCUGGGGCAGUUACUCACAGACAUACGGAGUCAUCAGUCAGACAGGGCUGGAAAACCUUCGUAACUUUCAGAGGCAAAACAAGCCGUAGGAGGCAUCGACCGCAGGGUCUUGGGACUGGGUGUCAGUGCAGGAUAAGAAAACCACAGCUCAGAUGGGCAGGAGGAGGAUCACAGGAUGGACAGCAAAUGGACCAGGAGGGCUGGGAUGGGUUGGACAAUGUAGGACAGAUAUAUUACACACGGGACAGGAGGGCUGGGAUAGGGUGGACAGUUUAGGACAGAUAUAUUACACACGGGACAGGAGGGCUGGGAUGGGUUGGACAAUGUAGGACAGAUAUAUUACACACGGGACAGGAGGGCUGGGAUGGGUUGGACAAUGUAGGACAGAUAUAUUACACACGGGACAGGAGGGCUGGGAUAGGGUGGACAGUUUAGGACAGAUAUAUUACACACGGGACAGGAGGGCUGGGAUGGGUUGGACAAUGUAGGACAGAUAUAUUACACACGGGACAGGAGGGCUGGGAUGGGUUGGACAAUGUAGGACAGAUAUAUUACACGGGACAGGAGGGCUGGGAUGGGUUGGACAAUGUAGGACAGAUAUAUUACACACGGGACAGGAGGGCUGGGAUAGGGUGGACAGUUUAGGACAGAUAUAUUACACACGGGACAGGAGGGCUGGGAUGGGUUGGACAAUGUAGGACAGAUAUAUUACACACGGGACAGGAGAGCUGGGAUGGGUUGGACAAUGUCGGACAGAUAUAUUACACACGGGACAGGAGGGCUGGGAUAGGUUGGACAAUGUAGGACAGAUACAUUACACACGGGACAGGAGGGCUGGGAUGGGUUGGACAGUGUAGGACAGAUACAUAACACACAGGACAGGAGGGCUGGGAUAGUUUGGGCAGUGUUAGACAGAUACAUAACCCAGUACAGGAGGGCUGGAUGGAUUGGGCCCUGUCAGGCAGAGACAUAACACACGGUACAGGAAGGUUGGGAAGGGUUGGGCAGUGUAGGACAGUUACACAACGUAUGUCAUAAGGAGGGCUGAGACAGGUUGGGCUGUAUUGGACAGAUGUCAGAUACAGAAUGUACAUGCUACAGGAGAGAUGGGAAUUGUUGGGCAGUGAUGGACACCUACACAGGACAGGAAGGAUGGGAUGGGUUCAACUGUGUUUGCCAAAUGCACAACAUACACAAGGACCAGACAGGAGGGCAUAGGGGGAUGAAGGAUGGUGUCUGCAGACACUGGAAGGAGUGUACACCAGGUCACAUAGGGCUGCGUCCAAAUAGCUUCAACUCUCUCAUGUAACUUCAGUUACACAAGAGACUCUGCAGAUGCUAGAAAUCCAGAGCAACACACACAAAAUGCUGGAGGUGCUAACUAGGUCAGGCAGAUUGAUGAAAAUGAAUAAACUGUCCUGAUGAGGGUUCUCAGCCCAAAAUGUCGACUGUUCAUUCAUCUCCAUAGAUGCUGCCUGACCCGCUGAAUUCCUCCAGCAUUAUGUGUAUUGCCAUGUGAGUGUAGCCUCUCUGAUCUCAGGGGGCAGGUUUUGUAUAUUGUACUGAGUUUUGUUCCCUUGUGUUUACUGACAGUUCUGGUUUAGUGCCACAAGGAGAUUGUCCUUCCCUGCUGGGCUUGUGAAGUUUGGUGACACACGCAGAAUGCUGGGGGAACUCAGCAAGCCAGGGAGCAUCUCUGGAAAAGAGUAGUCAAUCAACGUUUUGGGCCAAGAUCCUUCAUGAAGUUGAUUUCCAGCAUCUGCAGAUUUUCUUUUGUUAGUGAAGUUUCGUGCUAUUCUCCAGUGACAGUUCUGGGACUUUGGGACAGCCCAGCAAAUGAUCCAUGAAGUUCUAAGGCAAAGGGAUCCCCAACCCAAGGGGGUUGCAGUGCCAGCACUGAUGCAGUUCCCAGAAAGGGUUAGUGUGUGCAGAUGUUCACCAUCUUCUUCUCCAAUUGCUUACCUCCUGCUGUGGCCAAUGAGAUGAUUCUGGGGUCUACUAAGGGAUUGGUUCUUGUAAAUAUAUAGUAAUUGGACUGGCACAUUGUCUGGAUAUGCCUGGACCGUGUUGUUGAUAGUUGAUGUUUAAUAAAACUCAACAAUUUACUCACUUCAUGGAAGCAAACUAGUUAAGUGAUUCCACCUCCAUAUCUAAACCCACCCUAACCACCAAAUCCACCUCUAUGACCACUGAUAAUCUUCUCAUAACUUCUACAUAACCAUCAUCCUCUGCAGAAUCUUCUACCCAUGCAUUUUAUGCAAUCUGACCCUCUUUGCUGACUGUGGACCUACCCUUUCCUCCUGUUCUGUGAUGGGGUUCCCCCCCCCAACUCCGUUCCUGAGCCCUUUUCCCACAUUGCCUGCCUCUAUGCUGAGAUCCCACAGCACAGGUCUUAUCACCAGCCAACUAACGCAGAUCAGAAUCUGGGUGUAUUUUCACUGACUUAGAUGUGAAAUGUAUUGUGUUAUGGCAGAAGUACAGUGUAGUUAUAAAAUUAUUAUAAAUUGCAAAUAUAAGAUGGGUGCAAGGAAGAAAUAAAUAGGUAGAACUGCAGGCACAGUGGAAACAUUCCUGUGCAAGUCUGGCAAAAAGCUUUAAAAACCCAGACUCCAUAAAGGAGUGGUACUGUCUAGUGGAGCGGUCAUCAUGGGAGUGGUCAUUGUCUGAGUGGUCUGAGUCAGAGUGAUACGGCAUUGGCUGAACCGGGCUUUGGCGCAGAAAGACGGAGGCAAGGUAGGUAGGUAAGUUCAUUACUUAUUUCUUAUUUCUUUUUACUUAUUUAAUUCUUGAGAGAAUAGGGGGUAUGUCUACAGGGCCAGUAUUCCGUUCUGGGUGUCAGAUGUGGGAUUUCCGAGAGACUACCAGCCUCCCCAGUGGCCACAUCUGCGCCAGGUGCAUCAAGAUGCAUCGUCUUGGAGUCUGUGUUAAGGAACUGGAGCUGCAGCUCGAUGACCUUUGUUUUGUUAGGGAAACUGAAGCAGUGAUAGACAGGAGCUACAGGGAGUAGUGACCGCAAGGGGUGACUGUCAGGAGAGGGAAGGGAGAACAUCAGAUAGUGGAGAGCACCCUCGUGGCCACCCUCUCAACAAUAAGUACUCCAUUUUGAAUACUGUUGAGGGGAGGGGGUCUAUCUGGGGGAAGCAACAGUAGCCAUGCCUCAGACACUGAGUCUGGCCCUGUGGCUCAGAAAAGUAGGGAAGUGAAGAGGAUGGCAGCAGUAAUAGGGGACUCAGCUAGGGGGACAGAUGGGCAAUUUUGUGGACGCGAAAAAGAAACAUGAAUAGUAGUUUGCCUUCCAUGUGCCAGGAUCCACGACAUUUCUGAACGUGCCAACAAUAUCCUGAAAAGGAAGGAUGAGCAGCCAGAAGCCGUGGUACAUAUUGACACCAACGAUAUAGGUAGAAAAAGGGAGGAGGUCCUGAAAACAGAAUACAAGGAGUUAGGAAGGAAGCUGAGAAGCAGGACCUCAAGCAUAGUAAUCUCGGAUUGAUGCCCUGUGCCAGGCAACAGUGAGGAUAGGAAUAGAAUGAGGUGGCAGAUAAAUGUGUGUGCUGAAGAAUUGGAACAGGGGGCAGGGAUUCAGAUUUAUGGAUCAUUGCCUCUUUUGGGGCAGGUGUGAGCUGUACCAAAGGGACACGUUGCACUUGAAUCUGAGGGGGACCAAUAUUCUUACUCGACCUGUUAAGAGUGGUUUAAAGUAAUAUGGCAGGGGGAUGAGAACCAGGAUGAUAGAACUGAAGAUGAACCAGAAGGUUUACAUGGAUCCAACAUGAAAGUAAGGAAGGACAAGCCAGUGAUUGUGUACAAAUGCAGACAGAGCAAAGAGUUAAAUUGUACCACAGAGGCAAAAUUCAAAAGGGUGAAGAAUGCAGGACUGAACGUGUUGUAUUUACCUAUACGUAGCAUUCAGAAUAAGGUGCAUGAACUUGUGGCGCAGUUAGAGGUUGGUUGGUAUAAUGUGCAGCACAUCACUGAGUCGUGGCUGAAAGAAGAGCAUAGUUCGGAGUUUAACAUCAAAGGAUAUACUUUGUAUCGAAAGGGUGUAGGCAGGAAGAUAUAGGUGGUGGUGUGGGUCUGUUAGUAAGCGAUGGCUUUGUCGGUGGAGUUAAGAAACUGCAAGGGUGAAAAACCAUUAUGGGAAUUCUAUAUAGGCCUCCACAUAGUAGCCAAGAUAUGGGGUUGAGAUUGCAAAGGGAGCUGGAAAGGGCGUGUAAUAAGGGUAAUGUCACAACUGUAAUGGGGCAAUAUGCAAGUAGAUUGGGAAAAUCAGGUUGAUGUCAGAUCACGGGAGGGGAAAUUUGUUGAAUGUCUAAGAGAAGGCUUUUUAGAGCAGCUUGUGCUUGAGCCUACAUGGGGAAAGGUAAUCUUAGAUUGCGUGUUAAGUAAUAACCCAGAUCUUAUUUGGGAGCUUAACAUAAAGGAACCUUUAGGAGGCAGUGAUCAUAAUAUGAUUGAAUUCAUACUGCAAUUUGAGAGGGAGAAGCACAAGUUAAAUGUAUCAGUAUCAGAAUGGAAUAAAGGGAAUAACAGAGGCAUGAGAGAGGAGCUUACCAAGUGGAUUGGAGGAUGGUGACAGCAGUACAGAGGUGGCUAAAGUUUCUGGGAAUAGUUCACAAAGUGCAGGAUUGAUACAGUUCCUGUAAAAAAUAUUGACCCCCCCCCCCCCCACCUUGGAAGUUUUCAUGUUUUAUUGUUUUACAACAUUGAAUCACACUAAAUUUAAUUUGGCUUAUUUUGACACUGAUCAACAGAAAAGGACUCUUUCGCGUCGAAGUGAAAACAGAUCUCUACAAAGUCAUCUAAAUGAAUUACAAAUAUAAAACACAAAAUAAUCUAUUACAUGAGUAUUCAUCCCCCUUUAUUAUAACAAACCAAAUCAUCACUUGUGCAGUCAAUUAGUUUUAGAAGUCACCUAAUUAGUUAAAUGGAGAUCUGUUUUUGGGGACCUUUAUGCAGUUAAUGUGUUUCAAUUCAUUGUAGUAAAAAUGCAUCUGUAUCUGAAAGGUCCAACUGCUGGUGUGUCAAUAUCCUGGCAAAACUACACCAUGAAGACAAAAGAACUCUCCAAGCAACACUGCAAAAAGGUUAUUGAAAAGUACUCGUCAGGAGAUGGAUACAAGAAAUUUUCCAAUGAAUAUUGGAAUUUUCAAUGAAUAUCCCUUGGAGUACAAUUAUCAAGAAAUGGAAAGAAUAUGGCACAGCUGUAAAUUUGCUAGAGCAGACUGUUCUCAGAAAUUGAGUGACCAUGCAAGAAGUGGACUAGUGAGGGAGACCACAAAGAGACCUAUGAUAACUCCAGAGGAGUUACAAGCUUCAGUGGCUGAGAUGGGGGAGUGCGCCAUACAACUGUUCAGCUGCAGCUUUAUGGGAGCAUGGCAAAGAGAAAGCCACCGUUGAAAAAUACUUGCAAGAAUUCUCAGCCAGAAUUUGCCUGAAGGCAUAUGGGAGACUCUGAAGACAGCUGGAAAAAGGUUCUAUGAUCUGAUGAAACCAAAAUUGAGCUUUUUUGCCAUCAGAGUAAAUGCUAUGUUUGGUAUAAGCCAAACACCACACAUCAUCAAAAGCACACCAUUCCUACUGUGAAGCAUGGUGGUGGCUGCAUCAUACAGUGGGAUACUUCACCGCAGCAGGCCCUGGAAGGCUUGUGAAGGUACAGGAUAAAAUGAAUGCAACAAAAUACAGGGAAAUCCUGGAGGAAAACCUGAUGCAGUCUGCAAGAGAAAUGCAACUUGGGAGAAGAUUUAUUCUCCAGCAAGACAAUGGCCCCAAGCACAAAACCAAAGCCACACAGAAAUGGCUUAAGAACAACAAAACUAAUGUCCUGAAGUGGCCAAGUCAUGCAGACUUCAGCCCAAAUGAGUAUUUGUGGCUGGAAUUGACAAGGGUGGUUUAUUCACAAUCGCGAUGCAAUCUACAGAGCUUGAGCAGUUUUGCAAAGAAGAAUUUGGAAAAAAAAUUGCAGUGUCCAGAUGUGCAAAGCUGAUAGAGACCUAUCCACAUAGACUCAAGGCUGUAAUUGCUGCCAAAGGUGCAUCUACAAAAUACUGACUAGAAAGGGGUGAAUACUUAUACAAUCAAUUAAUUUAAGUUUUAUAUUUGUAAUUAAUUUAGAUCACUUUGCCAAGAUCUGUUUUCAUUUUGACACAAAAGUGUUUUUUUUCUGUAGAUCAG